GCAGUGGGGCGGUGGAUGUUUACGGCGGCGGAGGUCCGGGCUGCGUAGCCAGGCGGCGGACGGACUAGGGGCGACCGAGGAGCUGCAGGUGUGGCCCAGCGACCGGGUCCCACUGUCCGGCGGAGCCGGGAGCAGGUACCCAGUCCCAUGAUGGAAACCUAGCAGGGGCUCCGAAACAACUUAAAAUGCGAGUGGCAGCUUUGCCCGAGUGACCUGGAAGAUGGGGGGCGCGGUGAGUGCUGGCGAGGACAACGAUGAGCUGAUAGACAACCUGAAGGAGGCGCAGUACAUCCGGACGGAGCGGGUCGAGCAGGCUUUCCGAGCCGUCGAUCGGGCAGAUUAUUACCUUGAGGAAUUUAAGGAAAACGCCUAUAAAGACUUGGCCUGGAAGCAUGGCAACAUCCACCUCUCUGCUCCAUGCAUCUACUCGGAAGUGAUGGAAGCCCUGGACCUGCAGCCCGGCCUGUCGUUCUUAAACCUGGGCAGUGGCACUGGCUACCUCAGCUCCAUGGUGGGGCUUAUCCUAGGUCCUUUUGGUGUGAACCACGGGGUGGAACUUCAUUCGGAUGUGAUCGAGUACGCAAAGCAGAAACUCGACUUCUUCAUCAAGACAAGCGACAGCUUUGACAAGUUUGACUUCUGUGAACCCUCCUUUGUUACUGGCAACUGCCUGGAGAUCUCCCCGGACUGCUCCCAGUAUGACCGCGUGUACUGUGGGGCCGGCGUGCAGAAGGAGCACGAGGCGUACAUGAAGCGCCUCCUCAAAGUCGGAGGCAUUCUGGUCAUGCCACUGGAGGAGAAGUUGACGAAGAUAACUCGCACUGGUCCUUCUGCUUGGGAAACCAAAAAGAUUCUGGCUGUUUCUUUCGCUCCACUGAUCCAGCCCUGCCAUUCAGAAUCAGGAAAAUCCAGACUUGUCCGGUUACCACCCCUGGCGGUUCGCAGCCUCCAGGACUUGGCUCGCAUUGCCAUCCGGGGCACCAUUAAAAGGAUCAUCCACCAGGAAACGGUGAACAAACAGGGAAACGGACUGAAGAACGCUCCCAGGUUUAAACGGAGGAGAGUUCGCCGCCGUCGCAUGGAAACGAUUGUCUUUUUGGACAAAGAGGUCUUUGCCAGUCGCAUUUCCAGCCCCUCAGAUGACAACAGCUGUGAAGACUUAGAGGAGGAGCGGCGGGAGGAAGAGGCGAAAACCCCGCUGGAAACAAAGCCAGGCCCCCCGGUGAACUUCCUGCGGGAGAAGGUCCUGCGCCUCCCCCUGCCAGACCCCCUGAAGUAUUACCUGCUUUAUUACAGAGAAAAGUGAGCCUGGUCCAGGCAGGGGGCCUGUGCCCAGGGCGCUCGGGCGGGUAUGUGGCAGGAAGGCGCCCGCUCUGCUCUGCAUGUCCUGUCUGCUCUGUCCCUGACUGUCCUCUAGGGUUCUCAUCAGUGCUCUGACCUCUCAACACUCCGACAGAUGGAAGGAGCAGGACAGAACGCCUCCUGGACAAGGGGUGGAGGUUCGUGCUCCGGAGACACUGGGGUCUGCGUGGACGUGGCUCGGUGACGUUUCUUGCAUGAGGUCCAUGUGUCUGCAUGGAAGAGGAAAACUGAAGUUGAGAUUAACCUGCCUUGCAUAUAAAAGAUGAGACAAAGCACAAGUUUGUAAGUGUGUAAAAUCUCUGCCGAGCGGGACACACCUGCAUUUGCGUUUUAUGGACUCAGCUUAGUUACUGGCACUGAGUCUCACUAAAUCUUUUAGUUGUAGAGCGGGGAUAUAUUAUUGAAAAGCCCUCCCUUAUUUUAAGUAAAUUGAUUAAAUCUUACAGUGAGUUGUCGGUUGUCAUGUUAAAGAGGAAAUAUACUGAUGAGGACGAGAUUUGAAAGUAUCAAAUUGCCAGAUGUCUUUCUAGAAUUUCAAAAGAAUCCCAAGGAAGUUUUUCCUGACACCUUUUGUGACCUUAAAAAGAACCAAUACUGAGUAAUCCUCAAAGACUGUCCUGAAGACGGAAGCAAGUGUUGUGUGUAGGUGAUAAGCCGCAGGACUCACCCAGCAACAGAGACGCUCGCCGACCAGCUUCCACACGGCCACGGCCACGGCCACGGCCACGGCCGCAGCGUCUGAGGCCGGGGCUCAGAUCCACGGAUGGCAGACGGGUGGGGCUCUCACAGCCAGCCUGUGGGUGUGUUUGUUCUUCAUUAGAGUACUGAUUCAUAGAUUUUAUCUUUUAUAAUUCUGGAGAAAAAGAUUUGUUAGUUUUGUAGUUUUUAUUACGAACAAAUGUGUGUGUUUUAGUAGCUGCACUGCAGGAGAACAGCGUGCGUCACAGUGACAUGUUAAAUCGUCUUCUCCAGCCCGUGUGUCAAGAGCUUUCACCCUCAAGCCACGGGUCUAGAAGGAAAGCUGUCAGCCAGCCAGGGGGCAGGGUGUUUCCAGAGGACAUCGCUUCUUCCAAAACAUUGGUUCUUUUCAGACUUCUCAGUUUUUCCCAAAGACUAGUGUAAAAUGUUAGCAAUAAGCCCCAAAUCAGAGUGCUGAUGAGGAGUCACUGUCUAGAUGUUAGGAUGAAGCUUAUCCCCUUAGCCUCUUGGAUGUUGGGGGGUUCCGUGUCUGUGUGGUUUCACCAGCCUGAGUUCUGUGGUUUGGUUUGGUUUUGUUUUCCAUCUUUAAUGCUGUUUUUAAAGUAACUGAGUCAUUUUAUCGAAGAAUACUGUGUGCAUGCAUAGCUGGGAAAACAGGUAUGUUGCCCUAGACUGGUAAAUUUAAGCUGUUGUAAAGAUGGUUCCUGCGUAGUUGUGUUUACCUGGCUUUUAACGGAAAGUCAAGCCUCAUUCAGAGAAAAAAGCAUGAGUUAGGUUUACUGGGUAACACUUCAUUUGAAGAUUUUGCUGAUAUUAUUCUAAUUGAUUUGUAGAGGCCUCUGCAACACAUGGACAUUUUUGGACACAUUAUCAUUUGUAUUAAAUAAAUGACGUCUGAAACUGUUACAUUAGGUGGCUUGACAAGGUUUUUUUCCUAUGAUUGUAUGUGGGUUCCAUUUUUUUCCAACCACAUUUUGCCUUUUGCUAGAUUGUAAAAACUCUUUACAAUGCGUAAGGCAUGUUUUCCUGUAUAUGUGUUAAGCUUUUCCUAAUUUUUAUUUACGUAUUGUUGGUGUGUUAUUUUUAAACCAGAAUUUGGUUAAAAAUAUAUAUAUAGAUAUAAUAUAUGUGACCUAGUUUGGUGUUGACCUGUCUUAUCAACGUGAAGGCCGUGGUAGAUGAGUUUCCCCUGCUUAAGCCCCUCUCUCCAGAGUUAGGAUGAGACGCCGUCUUCCGUUCUCACUGGGUCCAUUGUAUACAGUCUGUGUUGCCUGCAAGCUCCGUUUUGUAAGCCACAUCCGAGACAAUGCUGACUUCGAUGUUUUGAUUAGUCUGUAUUUUCAUAUGUGACUUGUCUUGAAAGUAGUGAAGCCAUAGACAUGUACCAAACAAAUAACAAAUUCCUAAGUAUUAGUAUGUAAAGUAGAAAUCAACUGUAUAUUUAAAAUCCUUUUGCCAGUCUGGAACUUUCAGGGGAUCAUUGUGAGACAUUUGGAACAAAGCCUGUGAUGAGCUGAUGUGUAAAAGAUCCCAAUAAAGGCAGCGAGACAGUCCA